GUCUGUCUUCACUACCACUCUUCUUCUCUGUUGGCUCUGCCUCUCCUUUGUUUCCCUUUUGUGAUUCUUGUCCCUACCUUUGUGUGUGUGUCGGCUGCCGUCUCCUUCUCCCUGCCGUCGUGUCUCAGAGCCCGCUUCCUCUUUGCACACCUGCCUUCCCUGCAGGGCUGCUCCUGGGCAGGGAGCAGUGGAUGUUCAAAGUUCUGCUCUUUGACCUCUGACGGUAAGGAAGCCAGGUGGCGGGACCUUUGCGCUGUGCACAGGGUCCAGGACCUCUAUCUGGCUGCAGGACGCCGAUGAGGAUGAAAGAAGAGAUAGUGCCGCGGUACAUUCCAUUCCACUCCCGUGAGACACAGCAUAGUCUCUUUCCAGAAAGGAGAAGCUGCUGAAUGAGCCUCAAAGCGUACACGUGCAGGCCUUCGUGCUCACCGCAGACUCGGGGGCCUAGAUUCAGAUUUGACCAGUGGCCUGGGGCCCUAGGGCACUGAGACAGGCUGAUGGGGGUGGCAUUCAUUCAUUUCACUUGACAAGUAUUUUUUGAAGGCUGAUGAUAUACCAGGCACUAGGGCUGGGCUCAGCAGAUAAAGAUUGUAUUCCCAUUCUACAAGCUGCCUUGGACUUGUCACCCAAAUGCUGACUAGGAGAGACCUGGAGGCUGGUUUAGAGCAGCUUCAGCAGAGAAGAAUCUUAAUAUAAACAGGACCUCUGCAUGACCUGAAGGGCUUUGAAGACUGAUGAUGAGUAUGGCUUCAGCACUGUCAGACCAACCUGGGAGAGUACUCAAAGGAAGUGGGCUUUAAAGGAAGGGGACAAGGAAGCUGGGACAAGAGAGCCACGAACAAGGAUGAUUUGCUCCUGCCUGCAAGACAAGGAACUUGGCUGUGUCGUCCUGCCUCAGAGAACAAACUCAUCUAUUGCAGGCCUAGCCUGGGUUGCUGCCUUUGAAAACAAGGAAAGGCCAGUAGAGUAUCAACCACAGCAUGAGAUUUCCAGAGAGGUCUGAUUUCAAAACAUGAUGAAGAACGAGAACCACAUGGACCUCUGCGAAGGAGAUUUGACUGACCCAAGCUUACAGGAAGGGAUGAUGUGUGCCCAACCUGUAACUAACACCCAGGAAGCUAAGUGGCAGAAGGUCUUGUAUGAGCGACAGCCUUUCCCUGAUAAUUAUGUGGACCGGCGGUUCCUAGAAGAACUCCGGAAAAACAUCUAUGCUCGGAAAUAUCAAUACUGGGCUGUAGUAUUUGAGUCUAGCGUGGUAAUACAGCAGCUGUGCAGUGUCUGUGUUUUUGUGGUUAUCUGGUGGUAUAUGGAUGAAGGUCUUCUAGCCCCCCACUGGCUUUUGGGGACUGGCCUGGCUUCUUCACUGAUUGGGUAUGUUCUGUUUGAUCUCAUUGAUGGAGGUGAAGGACGGAAGAAGAGCGGACGGACCCGGUGGGCUGACCUGAAGAGUGCCCUAGUCUUUAUUACUUUCACGUAUGGCUUUUCCCCAGUGCUGAAGACCUUGACGGAGUCUGUCAGCACUGACACCAUCUAUGCCAUGUCAGUCUUCAUGCUGUUAGGCCACCUCAUCUUCUUUGACUAUGGUGCCAAUGCUGCCAUUGUAUCCAGCACACUGUCCUUGAACAUGGCCAUCUUUGCUUCUGUUUGCCUGGCCUCACGCCUUCCCCGAUCCCUGCAUGCCUUCAUCAUGGUGACAUUUGCCAUCCAGAUUUUUGCCCUGUGGCCCAUGUUACAGAAGAAACUGAAGGCGUGUACUCCCCGCAGCUAUGUGGGGGUGACUCUGCUUUUUGCAUUUUCAGCCUUGGGAGGCUUGUUGUCCAUUAGUUUUGUGGGAGCCACACUCUUUGCCCUUCUGCUGAUUUCCAUCUCAUGUCUCUGUCCUUUCUACCUCAUUCGCCUGCAGCUUUUUAAAGAAAACAUUCAUGGACCUUGGGAUGAAGCUGAAAUCAAAGAAGACUUGUCCAGGUUCCUCAGCUAAGUUAGGGACCACCAUUACAUUAUUAAGGCAUACUGAUAGGCUAGCCUCCUAAGUAGUAGAAAAUUUGAAGAUAGAGUUACAUCUGGAAGCAGCAUGCUUAUGUUAGUGAGAGAACAGAGAUCAAAAGAAAAAGUCAACCAAAUGCUUGGGUGGUGAAGGUGCUUAUCCUUUAUUAUUUUGUGGAUGAAAAAGCUUUCUGGGUCCCUCUUGAAUUAUUGACUCUCAUUUAUUAUUUGCAGUGACAAAUGAAGUAAUGUGGUCUCUAUUAAAAAAUAACAACACCUCUAUCAA